CUGGGCGAGGAUGGCACCGUGGAGCGCCUCAGCCUCUGCCAGGAUAGCUGCCUCAGCCCAGUGCUCUGGUGCGGUUCUUGCAGGCGCAGCAGGGUGCCUCAGCCUGCUCUGGUGGAUGUGGUGUGCGGAUGGCUCCGGCUCCACACUGCACUGAACAUGGAUGAUUUAGCUCUCCUCGACCUGCUGGAGUGCCCUGUGUGCUUUGAGAAGCUUGACGCCACAGCCAAGGUGCUCCCCUGCCAGCACACGUUCUGCAAGCCCUGUCUGCAGAGGAUCCUGAAAUCCCAGAAGGAGCUCAGGUGCCCCGAGUGCAGGACCCUGGUCCUCUGCAGCAUCGAGCAGCUGCCCUCCAACCUGCUCCUCAUUCGCCUCCUGGAUGGCGUCAGGUGUGGACAGAACGUGGCCAGGUUUGGCUCCAUCCAGAGGACGGGGCUCCUGUCAUCCCCUGCCUCCAUCAGGAGAGUCCCCAGGGGGCUGCAACUCCAUCAGCACCGGCUGGCGACCAAUCCCAGGCUCCACAUGGAAGGGGUCCCGCGAGCCAAGGCGCUGUACACGUACCGAGGCCACAACCCUGGAGAGCUGCGGUUCAACAAGGGGGACAUCAUCGUGCUGCUCCGGCAGCUGGACGAGAACUGGUACCUGGGGGAGGUGAACGGCAUCAGCGGCGUGUUCCCAGCCAGCUCCGUGCAGGUGAUCAAACACCUGCCCCUGCCCGUGCCCCUCAGCAGAGCGCUCGGCAGCUUCGACACCAGGGGCAGGGACAGGACUGAAAACAAGGAGAGCCUGACCCUGCACAAGCCAAACACCACUGCAAGGCAGCUCCUGCAGACCAGCAAAAGCCACUGGUCCCCCCAGUUUAAGUGCACGUCCCUGCGAACGGUGUCUCCCAAAGCCAAGGGUGCAGAUUCUCCAGUGUUCCCCAAGGCGCCCGACUCCCGGCGGAAGAGCCUGCGGCAGUUCUCCAUCACCACUGCCCUCAACACCCUCAACCGCAUGGUCCACUCACCCGAGCGGCAGGCACUGGAGAUCAGCUCCCCCGUGCUCAUCAGCUCCAGCAACCCCACUGUGGCCACUCAGAGCAGCGAGAAAGCGGAGCUUCCCUACAGCACCCCCAUCCAGGUCAGCGCAUCCUACUACCCUACACCAGGAUCGCUGGGGCACUCAGCAGCCAUCGUCACUCUUCCACACCUGCAGCACCACAUAUCAACUUACAUGUGUGUGGCUCUCCAUUCCUAUGCGGCUCAUGGGCCGGACGAGCUGGAGCUGCAGAAGGGAGAAGGGGUCCGUGUCUUUGGGAAGGACCAUGAUGGAUGGCUGCGGGGCAUGUCCCUGGUCACCGGGAGAGCAGGUGUCUUCCCCAGCAACUACGUCGCUCCCCUCUUCAGGAAACCGAACCUCUCCGACUCGAAGAUGCCUUCGCUCUACGCCACGUGGACGCUGUCGACCUCCUCCCUGUCCUCGCAGGGCAGCGCCCCCGAGCACGGCCCCCGCCAGAGCCGGCCGCUGAAGCCGGCGCUGCUGCCCGUGCCCGUGCCCUCCCCCGGCCGGAGCGCGGCUGCCCCGGGACCGGCACCGCUGCGGCGCGGCCGCGGCAGCGCCAGGAAGAAUGGAUCCCUGCAGAGGCCGGGGCAGGCAGGGACUCCCGUCCACGUUGCCGGCUCCCUCCGGCGUCCUCUCACUACGGUGCUGCGGCCUCAGCAGAUUCAGCUCUACCCGCACCUCAGCCCAGCACCGCACAGCAUCCCCACUGAGGCAGGAGCAAGGACAAACUUCUCCCAUGAUGCGACCCCGGUGCUCGUGGUCAGAGGAGGGGAGAGCAGAACCCCCUCUGUGUGCAGCUCCCUGGUCCUGGAUGCCAAAGACCCCCCGGCAAAGAGCGAGGCAGCCCCAAAGCCCCCCGCUUCGGCCCCACCAUCCAUCCUGGUGAAGCCCGAAUCCUCCCGCAACAGCGCUGAGAAGCAAGUGAAGACGGUGAGGUUCCAGAACCACAGCCCACCGCCACCCAAGCGGCACAGCCUGCAGCCGUCCCCGAGCCUGUCCCGCGCCAGGACGGAGCUGCUGCCCGAGCCGGUGGUGCUGGAGGCCGGGCUGGCAGGCCCCGAGCUGGCUGUGCUCUACUCACCCAGGCCCAGCACCAGCCCUCUGCCACAGCGCCGGGCGCUGCACCCCAAGGCGCUGUCGCUGGACCUCUCGGGACAGCUCACAUUCCCCAUCAGGAAGAGCUACAGCGUGUCCACCAACUGAGGGUGACCCUGCUCUGCCUCCCUCACGUUCCUGAGCGAGGGGCGAGCAGCCGGGACCCGCAGCAUCCUGCUGCCGCCGCAGGUAUCCCUGUGUCCCCAGCACCUCCCACCACCAGCACCCUCAGCACCCGCCGGUGUGGGACUGCAGAGAACUGGGGUUGCUCCCGAGGGAGUAGGAUGGGAAAGGACAACGUCUGUCCCCACAUGGGAGAGCCCUGUCCUGGCCCUGCCAAGGCUGGUUUGUGGCAUCCACAAGACUGAUGUUCUCUGGCACCCUGUGAGGCUACCAACAGCAGCAGAGGAGAAGAGGGAGGGGGAAGAGCACGUGUGGGAAUCGGGAAUAGUUAAGCUUGUUUUGAUCUCCUCCCUGCUGCAGGGAAGCCCACAGAGAUCAAAACACUGGUUCAUUACCCUCCUGCUUCUGCUGGGUAAAGAAACCAUAAAUCACAAUCAGUCAGCUCCUGGCUAAUGGCUUGUGGUGCCUUUGGAGGGGGAGUCACGCAGAUUAUUAUUUUUCUGUUGGAUGGUUGCUUUUCUGUUUGAUUUUAGUCCAGGACUUCCAACCAGAAUACAGUUCCAAAGGUGAUUUGCAGAGGAAAGGGACAAUGAAAGGGACAUGCCCUUACACAGGCAAGACUCUGCAGACAGGGAUGUUGAAUCUUGCUUCUCCUCAUUGCCUGGUCUCCUCUAAUUACCCAUCAGCUACCUCCCAGCAGUCCACAAGCUCCCUCCAACUCCUUCCCAUUUCUCUAUCGCUUUUGUAAAUAUCCUAAGGGGAAUUCAUGGGUUCAAGGCUACAUUAAGAUGCAUGAAACACCGUGUGACAGAGCAGAACCCGGCACUGGCCACGCCACAGCCCAGCCUCUGCCACCGCAGCACCAGUUCCAGUGUUCAGCUGGCCCCAGUUCAAGCCUCCCCAUAUGAGCCCCAGGGAUACAGGGCCUGACUGGGGUCACCCCCAGCAAACCCCACACAGCAGCUCCUGGGGGUCAGACAUGGCUUCGUUGCCUGUUUCCAGACCAACAAUUCCCACCCUUGCUGCGACCACCAACGGCUCCAUCCCCAAACCUGCGGUUGUGCUUCAUCCCAACCUGAUGAAAACCACAUCUGCGGUGGACAGCACACAAUUAACUCCACUGGUCAACAGGAAUGCUCCAAGCCACUGGCACAGCCCUGGAACUGUCUUCUGUUUUCUUCUGGCACUGAGAAAAGGGAACACACAAAACCAUUUCCUGGUCUACAGCCCUUUUUCUGCCUGUGGAGCAGGACGCUGGUAUCUGCUGGCAGGGAUUUUCAGUGGUACAGAAGCCACCAGAGGCACAGAUGAGCUCUUACCUUGUGCUCCUGACAAACUGAGAAUGUGCAGCUUGCCUAGGUACAAAAGGUGGUGCCAGCUGCAAACCAGUGAACACAGCUCUCAGCAAAGCCACCUCAGGGACAGCUGAGCAUCUCGGAGAAGACACCAGUUCUUUGCUGAAGACACUUCUCAUCUCUUUAAAACUAACCCAGAGGACCUCAUCAGCUGCCUCUGUAACCAAGAUCAUCCACUUCCCCCAAGCACAUUCAGAAAUAAAGAGUAUGUCCAGGCCCAGCUCAGGGGGUAAUUUCGGGUGAUGGUUUGAAGCGGGCAGAGUGGCUGCCUGCCCACACCUGCUCCAGAUGUGAUCACUGCCUGUGUGCUAACAAGAGGAUAAACACAUCCAUGGCCCUCGAGAGCCAGAAAUGAGGUGAGCAGCCAGGGACUGGCACCUACCAGAAAGCUCCUCAUGUUGAUAUCUGUUAACCCUGCCCUGCAGGACCCUACUGCCUGUCCCAUCAGGAGCUCAGGAGAAGAUUCCUCAAGACCAGGGAGCAACCAGGGAAUGUGAGCUCUGGGGAGAGCUCAGUGCAGUCUGCACACAGGGAGUGGCUGAACACAAGGGGCAGGAAGGAACCGAUGCUCCAUCACUCACCUGGGUCAGAGGGAUGUGACUGAAAGAAGUCACCUUAGGAAGGUACCCACCAGUGCGGCAGGGUUUCCCAUGGGAAGCAGGCAUGCAGGGCCAGGCAGGGAGGAAGGAUUUGAAGUUCAGCUUGGGGCUGCACCAGGAGUCUCAGAGAGCAGCAGAGGUGGCUGCAGCUCCUUUUCUCACACCUUGGUCCUGCCAAAGCCCAAAUACAAGGAGAAACAGCAGCUUCUCCAGCUCCAUUUACCAGACUCAGUAAGCAUCAGGGGACACCAGGAGCACCAGAAAAAGUUAAAGGUGCUCAGCAUGCCUUAAGGCUUAAGCCUUAGAGUCCUUCUGCACAUCCCUCUGGGUUCCAACAGCCAGAUUCUGCUCACGAUGGGUCAGAACAUUGCUUUCAUGGAACAAAGCCACUCUCUAUCCUCUCAUAGCAAGAUCAACAGCAAUAAUGCUUCACAGUGCCCAUGCAGAACCUCUCAGUCCACCACACGAUACUGGAGUCUUAAGGCAAAUGCACCACAAAGCAUCACAAAUCUCUCCUGCACUUGACCCCUGACCCACUGCUAUGACAAGGGACAGUGCUGGGCUGAUGGGGACAGGGAAAGCUCCAGCAGUCGUGCACAUACACAGUCAUAGGCAAUGGCAGGGAAAGGGAGCACUGAGAGUGAAACCAGUGCUUUGGUAAAAGAGCAGGCAGCUAUUUUGGGACAGAUGUCUCAGUUCCUUGCACAGGAUAUUUCAGUGCUUUGAUGCUAUGGUGAUAAGUGCCCUAAAUAUAUUCAAAAUAUGUAGGGAGAGAGAACUGAAAACAGGGCAUAUUUUAAAGCAACAGCUCUAAUAAGCAUCUGGUUCCCAUAGUCAUACCUGCCCACGGGUUUCAUACUGCAGCCCCCUGAGCAAAACUGCCAAGUCCUCCUCACCUCCUCCCCUGGCAACACUUAGGAGGAAGCAUCUGGACCCUGUUACUUCACGAGGAGCAUCCCAAGGAAGAGAGAACUCAGACCUUCUGCUUCCAAAAGCCCAGGCUAAAGCAGGAUCUCUUGGAACUACCCCGGAGCUUCGGCAUGGAGCAAGGCAGCUGCCGUUGUCCUCAUGGAGAAACCAACAUCAGCUGGGUCUGUCAGGUGCAGUUCUCCAAGUGCACCAGACUAAAUCCCUCUGCUCUGGAACAGUCAGCUCCAAGUACCUUGACUCUGCAAGCAGCAUCAGCCAACCAGCUCCCUGAAGCAUGAGCAAAUGUUGCAUGCUUGGUUCAGCUCUGGGCUGCAUCUUCCCUGGGAAUCUGCUCCAAACCCCUCAUCCUGUUUUCAUUUUUGUUAGCUGGGCAGCAGUGGAAAGGGAGGCAUCACAUGUUGGCAGGAGGGUGGCAGCUUACAUGGAGGCGGGCGAGCGCUUCAAGGGUUUCUGUUCUUUUUAUAUACACAUCUAUUUAACUUCCCUCCUGCCUUCCCACCCUCCAGACUCUCUUCAGCCCAUUUCCCCAGUGAAGAGAAGUUAGACAUUGGCAUGGGGACCCUGUUUAUCAUUCCCAGUUGGCCAGGAGGGCUCACAGGAAAGGCCGCCCCAUUCCCCUUGGGAUGUCUCCCCUCCACACUCUCAGUGGUGGGAAGAGGCUGUUCCAAGCCCUGGCCCUGUGGAUCCACCAAGUCUGCAGACUCACGUUGUCCACAGACCAUCACCUAGAGUGCAGAGUACAAAGAAACAGCAUUAGGAAAGGCAAAACACAACAUGAGUGCACUGUGUAUGAGACACAUCGUCCAGCUGGAGGCACAGGCCAGUGGGGCUCUCCCACCUGGAGCAGCAGGCUCGCCGGCAGCACAUGGGAGGAAAACACUGGGAAAGCUCUGGAAAAGCACGUAAAGCAGCACCCGGAACAGAGGGACCAGUAAUGAACCUCUACAAGCUCUUGAAUGGGGCUUAUUUUCAAUCUGCUCAUUUCUUAUGAUCAGUAAUGGAUUGGAGCCUGUACCAGACUAUCCAUCAGCUCAGCUCCAAUUGCCUGCCCAGCCUGGCAGAACCCUUGGAGUGCUUCAGUAACGAAGUACCCCUGCAUGUGAGCGGCUGCCGUGCUUCCCAUGAAUGAUGAGCAGAGAUAGGAAGGGAACAUUGACAGAUCCCUCCACAUCCCCCCUGCCAGAGCUAGAAGCCGCUCACCCCAGACAGAGAAGGAUGAAGAGGAGCUCCCAGCCCAGCCCCUUCAGGAUCACAGGGCCCAUGGGGAUGAUGCUCUGUGUUAGAGAAACACCCUUAGGGCUGUUGUGCAUCCACACCAUGUUCUUAGUUACCAGAUGUGUUCAUGAACACUUAUGUUUUAUUUCCUGGCUUCAUCCUGGUUAAUUUUCCAUAAGCCAAAGCAAAACAAGAACUGCUGAAGCACCUAGCACCUCCUCCAGAUCCAGCACACCCAAGAAAUGAGCUUGAAGAAAAAAAUCUGGGAGAAUAAAGCAUAAAACAACCCCAAGCCUGAAGAGCUGGGCCCACCUCCACCAGCUCUAGGAAAGGGGAAUGCAGACAGUGCUGGAGCAGCUCAGGAACGUGGAAGCUCAGGUGUACGCUGAUCAUUGUUUCAGGAGAUUUUCUCACUGCCGAACAGUUACUGCAGGUCAUUUGUGCAGCUCCGUGUUUUAAGUGCAAUAACAGCUCUGACCACGUUUUUCAGGGGUUUUGCCUUAAGUCUCAGUAUCUCCCCCAUUUAAAAAGUCACACUUCAAAAUACCCAUCAUCAGCAUCAGAACCCAAGCCUGCGCAGGCAAAGCGAUGGGGACAUACCCAUGCAAACCCAUGGCUUUGUACAUGCUCCAAAGGUGAUGCUGGGGAGGGAUCAGAGGGUUCUGUGGCCUGCGCAGCUCCGUGCAGUAGUAGGGCUGGUGAGGACUGUCCAUGUAAUAAAAGCAGAGGAAAGGGCCCAUUAUACCAAAGUCCCAACUGAAAUAAGCCCUGAAGGCAGCAGGGAUCAGCAGGCGGUGCUCACCCUGAGACCCUGCAGAGCAGAGCAGGGAAUUCUGUUGUCUUCUUUCGGCACUGAGCCCAGAAAUCGUUAUCAGAAACGUUACAGCCCUGUCACUACAAUGAGAAAACAGAAAUGACUAUUUUCACAUGUAUAUGCUUAGGAACAGUAGGACAUAUAAUCAUCUCUUAUUUGGUGAUGGGUAGGAGGAAUCAAUAAGAUACAUACAUUUAGUCGCUGGUUCAGAGACACUUGUACAAACUCUGUGAUGCUUAACAUUUUUUCCAUGAUGUGAAGUUCAUUUUUUAAACGAGGCUUUUUCAAUUUCACAUGUUCCUGGGGAGAAGAGAGAGUUCAUGAACAAAGGAUUCCAUUUGUUUUGUAUUAAUCUUCAAGAUAUUUAUUUUGUAUUUCUGCACCUGAAAAAACAACCAGUUAAAACCAUUUUAAGCUUUCAGGUUUCUUCCUGUCAGUUUCGAGCAUCGCUGCUCAGAGCUGGAGCCUGUAGAUGAAUUAAAUGGAGCAAAGGGAUCGCAGCCCCUCCUGCAGCAGCAGCGCAGACACUCAGGAUGCAGGGGGACCUGGCCCUGGCAUUGCUCCUGCUGCAGCCUCCCGCCCCCUGGAAGCUCUGUGUUACCAUUAAAACCUUUUGCAUGAAAAAC